AUGGCGCGACUUUCGUUGCUUGGCCUCUUUGCCCUUCUUCCUGCAUUACAGUCGACAUGGCAGGCGAGCAGCUACGAAAUCAACGGUACCACGGAUAACUUUGUCUCUGAAGCGACCCCCUUCACUCUCCGCAGCACCAGACCGCCAGAAUGCCCCCCAUGCUUCAACUGCCAGCUCGAUGCCUUCAAAUGCCACCAGUUUGGCAAAUGCAAUAAAUUCAACGGCAAAUGCGAUUGCCCACCUGGAUUUGGUGGUGAUGACUGUGCUGAGCCGUUAUGCGGCUCUUUGGCCGAUGGACGGGACAGAACUCCUCGCAAAGGCUCAUCCUGCCAGUGCAAGGACGGCUGGUCUGGAAUUAACUGUAACAUGUGCGAUACGAACGAUGCUUGUAAUGCUAUGAUGCCUGAGAAAGAGGGAGGCGUCUGCUAUAGGCACCAUAACGGAGGAGAAACCAUCGCCGAGAACUAUCAAAUGUGCGAAGUCACCAACCGAAAGAUUCGCGACAUGCUCAAGGAAAAGAAGCCGCAGGUGACAUUCUCAUGCAAGGAAGAAGACAAGACAUGCAACUUUCAGUCUUCGGCUUGGCUAGUCUGGGUUGAUCAACUGGAGUCAUUCUACUGCUCCCUUGAUAAAUGCAAAUGGAAUAUGGAAAUAACGGCUAAUCAGAAUACCACGACAUACGAGUGCCAGAAUAUUAAGUGUGGAUGCGUUCCCGAUCGAAUGCUAUGCGAGAAAACGGGUGUUAGCUUAGAACCACUGUUCGGACAGCUUACGGGCCCGGCUAAGUUUACUUCGACCUCUACCCAAGGCGACAGUUCCAAGGAUGGAAGUGCGUUCUCAGAGCCUGUCAUCGAUAAGGUGAUAACGGAUAUUUUCGGUGAUAAGUCUAUUCUAUUAGACUGCUGGUCCAGCGAGUGUUUAUACAAGACAGCGGUACCGGGAUACAAGCCACCAGUAAAGGUUAUCAACACUCCGCUCAUCGCUGGAAUUAUCGCCGGGUGUUCACUUUUCAUUGUUGGCGUCAUACUCCUCAUCUGGUACCUAUCGAGGCGGAAGGUCUACAAUCAAUACAGCUCUCUCGCUGAUGAUUCCGAUGAUGAGGGUUCAAAGCUCAUGGCAGACCAUAAGCCGGCAGCAUUGCAGUUUGAAAAUAUCGCCUACUAUAUCAACGGCCAACAAAUACUCGGGGGUAUUCGUGGGGUUGCGAAACCCGGUCAGGUCACAGCGAUCAUGGGAGCAUCUGGUGCAGGAAAGACAACAUUCUUGGAUAUUCUCGCCAGAAAGAAUAAACGGGGUAUCGUUCACGGCGAUAUAUAUGUUAAUGGUGAAAAAUUCAAUGAUAGCGAGUAUAGGAAAGUUGUUGGAUUCGUUGAUCAAGACGACACCAUGCUACCUACCUUGACAGUCCACGAAACCAUCUUGAACAGUGCAUUGCUCCGCUUACCUCGGGAUAUGAGUGAGGCAGCCAAACAGCAGCGUGUAUAUGAGGUUGAAAAGCAACUUGGUAUUCACCAUAUCAAGGAUCAACUCAUUGGUUCUGAGGAAGGCAAAGGCCGUGGUAUAUCCGGUGGUGAGAAAAAACGUGUUAGCAUCGCGUGCGAGCUUGUCACAAGUCCAAGUAUACUGUUCCUUGAUGAGCCAACCAGCGGUUUAGAAUCACUGCUGAGGCCAAAGGACAAACGGCGUUCAUCUCUAAAGCAACGUCAGGACAGACAGCUCUACACUCGCAAGAGGGGAUCGGGACUUGAGUCGCCACCAGACCCGCAAACGGACAAUGAAGACAGCCAUGUCAUGAGUCUAGCCGAGCGUGCUCAACAAUGGCUACCACUGUCUAAACAACAAGGCCAAGUUCCUCCACAAAUCCUAGAAGAUCCAGAUCAUCUUCCUCCCAUCGCAUCCGGAUAUGCCACAGAUCUUGACGUCCUCGUUUCUUACUAUGUUAACUCAAAUGUGGCCAACUCCAUUCGUGAAGAGAUAUCUGCCUCCGUUCAAGAAGCUCUUUCUGCAAAUGGACAGGUUAAUUCGUCGCAACAAACCAAUGAUAUCACCGCCAACCAAAUGACGGGAUACGCCAGAGUCGGCCUCAUAAGACAAUUCAUUAUUCUGUCCAGCCGUACCUGGAAAAAUCUUUACCGGAACCCAAUGCUUAUGCUCACUCAUUAUGCAACCGCUAUUCUCCUUGCAGUUUUAUCCGGGUAUCUCUUCUACGGCCUCACAGAUGAUAUCAAAGGCUUCCAGAACCGCCUCGGCUUGUUUUUCUUCCUCCUUGCCCUUUUUGGCUUCAGCACACUGACAAGUUUGACUGUAUUUUCCUCUGAACGACUUCUCUUCGUCCGAGAACGUGCCAAUGGAUAUUACGCUCCAAUUACCUACUUCACGGCCAAGGUUAUGUUCGAUAUCAUACCGUUGCGAUUGAUCCCUCCUAUUAUAAUGGGUAUGAUCGUAUACCCCAUGGUGGGACUUAUCCCGGACUGGCCGGAAUUCUCGAAAUUCAUUCUCAUUCUUGUUCUCUUUAAUCUCGCUGCGGCGGGGAUCUGCUUGUUUAUCGGUAUCGUCUUCCGAGACCCAGGCGUCGCGAACUUGAUUGGUAGCUUGGUGAUGUUGUUCAGUCUCUUAUUUGCCGGUUUACUACUCAACCACAAUGCGAUUCCAGCUUCGGCACUAUGGCUGCAAACUCUAUCCAUCUUCCACUACGCUUUUGAAGGCCUCAUUGUUAACGAGGUCACAUAUCUCACGCUUAUUGACCAUAAGUAUGGUCUUGAUAUUGAAGUUCCAGGCGCUUCUAUCUUAAGUGCCUUUGGUUUCAACAACCUCGCCUUGUGGAGCGAUGUCGCCGGUCUAGGCGUUAUCUCCGGCGUUUCCAUCGUCAUGGCCUAUGUAGCCAUGCACUUCUUGCUUGUUGAAAGGAGAUAG